UGCAAACAGUGAUGUGUACGUGUGGAAAAACCUGCAAAUGUACACUUUUGCAUUGCAUGGUAGUCUUAUUACUUGUGACUGCAAAGCCCACUCACUCAAAUAACAAAGAACAUGAGCACAUUCAAGGCUUUUGCUAAAAAAAAAAGUGCACAUGCACAUUUUACACACUCGCACAAGGACAUUUUUCUCUCCAAGUCGGUCUGCUCCCUCCUGUCUGUGUCUCAUGGCUUGCAGCAGGUGCUGAAAUGAGACACUAAAUAACUAUUAGAGUUAGAGCAAGGGCGAGAGAGGGGGAGGAGAGAAUGAGAGAGAAAAUGAGAGAGCACUUCCCCAACAGUAGCAGGGAGAGAGGAAAAGGAGAGCGAGCGGAGGAGCUCAGAGGGGAUCUGCAUCGCAAGUGGCUGUUUUUUCAACCUGCUUUUGUUUUCAAAGAUCCAGUGAACAACGAGGAGGAGGAGGAGGACCAAGCGGACGAGCACAGAUUGGGAAAAGUCCAAGCUGAGCGUCUAAAGACCGAGAGAGGAGAAGAGGAGGGGGGCCAAGCCGGGAGGAACACAAGGCAGCAAUGGAUAGCAGCGGCUCUGCCUGACCCUUGUACGGCACGGAUUCACACACGGCUGCUGGCUACGAUCCAGCACACACACCAGGCUGCAAUCACCAAUGAGCUCUCAUGUGUUCGCUCAGCCAUGCUUCCUGGCUAUGGAUUGUCACCUUUUCCUGAUUUCCAGCCCCACCUUCACGCUUUUUGCUGCCGAGCAGAGAGUCCCAGCAUGUGGAUCCCCGGCUCAGGGGAGGCCCAGGCCCCGAGUGAGGCCCAGGAGGACCGGCCUCUCCUCCACCCGCGCCACCACAAGCAUGUCGCUGUGUGCCAGCAGGAAACAUUGGCUUUUAUUGAGCUGCAAACGCCGGUGACCCCUAAACUGAACGGUCUUAGCUCGCCGAGGCCGACCGCUAUUCCAGAGACACAAUGCGCGACGCACUCGCCCCUGAACGGCUUCACGCGCACACUAAACGAACUGAACGACUGCCUCCGGAAUGACAGCGAGGAGGGCACAGCCGUGAACUCGAACUCGCGUGCACCCGCGGGUGACCGUGAGCUCAAAUGCCACAGCGGCGCGAGGACUCCUUCAGAGGAGCGGACGGAAAAACAUCCUCACGCCGUCACGACCGUGUGUCGCCCUUUCCACGCCGCGCUCAGCCUCCCGCUGCCGUUCCCUCUGUCAUCUCUCUAUACCGACGGAGACUCCUGGGAGUCUCCGUUACCUUGCUCUCCAUCCUCCCCCGAAGGUCCCGGGUUCCCCAGGCUGGACCCCUGCCGGCUGCAGCGGAGGACAUCACAAGGAUCAGUGAAAGAGAAGUCUAUCCGGCGAAAGAUGCAGGUUUACUCGCCCGACAGCCCGAGCGAUGAAUCUCUCAGCAGCCCAAUCUUGGACCCAGACUACAUCUUCCCCGGACCUUUUGCAUCUUUCCUGGAGGAGGACCUCAGCGGGUUAUCCUCCCUGGAGGCCGCUUCGUGGCCUUCGUCCACAGACGCUCUCACAGAUCUCCCGAACCUCGGCCCCGAUGAUAUUUUUGAUCUGCCCGAGGAACCGCUGCACAUAAUAGAGGACUCAACGCCCCCCGUGGGGGGAGGCGGCGGGAGUGUAGAGACAUCGGGUGCCACAGUGGGGAGCUUUUUGGCACGCAGCCGUCAGGGGGACCAAGAACGCCGGCGCUUCUCGGCUUCAGAGCUGAUAUCCAGACUGCAGCUCUCUCAGAGGAAGAGCUCGUUCUCCUUGAAGCUGGGCAAGUCGCUGUCUGCACGCGUGGCCUCCAGAGACAGACAGAGCUCCGGCAGCCCCAACGCUGACUAUAAAUCCAGCUGCAGGUACCGCUGCUCCGGGGGCUCUAGUGACAGCGCCCCCCACAGUCCUGUGGGACCUGCACCUGCUCCGCCCAGCGGGGACAGCAGCACGUCUUUGCAUCGCUGGAGCACAAAACUUGGAAUGCGAAAGAAAUCUAUCGAGGAGGAGCUCUGCACCCUUCCCACCGUCGCUGGUUCCAACCGAUUGUCACGUUUUUUGCCGAGUUCCAUUCUGUACCAGGAAUACAGCGACGUCGCCAUCAACAGAGAGAUCCAGAGGCAGCAAGGGAAGGAGCCGGGCCCCGAGGAGGAGGGGCUCAGGGACGAGGGGUCGGAUGGGGCCCCGUCUCCUUCCAACCUGUCUCCAUCCAGCUCCUUCCGCUCGUCACGGGGCUCUGCUUUCGCACUGUGGCAGGACAUCCCCGACGUUCGGACCAGCGGCCAGCUCGACAACUUCAGCAACGACGAACGGAAAUUACAGGAGGCAAAGUUUGAGCUGGUGACGUCCGAGGCGUCCUACAUUCGCAGUUUGACGAUCGCGGUGGACCACUUCAUGCUGUCUCAGGAGCUCGCCGAGUGUCUUGGAGCUCAGGACAAGCAGUGGCUCUUCUCCAAGCUGCCUGAAGUCAAAGGCGUCAGCGAGAGGUUCCUUCAGGACCUGGAGCACAGGCUGGAGGAAGACAUUCUGCGUUUUGAUGUGUGCGACAUCGUCCUGGAGCACUGCCCGGCUCUUCGGAGGGUUUAUUUACCCUAUGUGACUAACCAGGCGUACCAGGAGCAGACAUACCAGCGGUUGCUGCAAGAGAAUCCUCGUUUCCCAGGCAUCCUGGCUCGUUUGGAAGAGGACCCAAUCUGCCAAAGACUACCUCUGACCUCCUUUCUAAUCCUCCCGUUUCAGAGGAUCACACGCCUCAAAAUGCUGGUGGAGAACAUCCUAAAGAGGACGACACCAGGCUCCCGGGAUGAGGACACGGCCACAAAGGCUUUCAACCAGCUAAAAAAGAUCAUCAAAGAAUGUAACUCCAGUGUGCAGUCAAUGAAGAGGAUGGAGGAACUUAUUCACCUCAAUAAAAAAAUCAAUUUUGAGGGAAAGAUCUUCCCUCUGAUCUCUCAGUCCCGCUGGUUGGUGAAGCACGGGGAACUCUUGGAGGUGGACACUCAGACGAUGAGUAUUUCUGGAUCGAAGCUCAAGUUGCCCACGAGGCCCGUGUACCUUCAUCUGUUCAACGACUGUCUGCUUCUGUCCCGGAGGAAGGACGCGUGGAAGUUCAUGGUGUUUGUGCACGCCAAGAUAGGAGAGCUAAAAGUGAAGGACCUCAGUCAGAAGCUGCAGGGCAUCUCAGGCUUCAUCUUCCACUUGCAGCUGUGUGGAGGCCAACAGCUCAAACACCAAAUCCUGCUCAAGUCCCACACCGAGAGCGGGAAGCAGAGAUGGAUUACAGCCAUGUUUCCAUCCGAUCCGCUCGAAGACAUCGAGCAAGCCAAUGAGAACGAUGAUAUAUCCCAGGUUCAGUGCAUCAAGAGCUAUCAGGCGCUAGAGCACGACGAGUUAACACUGGAGAAGGCCGACAUCCUUCACGCUAAGACCAUUACAAGUGAUGGCUGGGUGGAGGGCAUCAGGCUGUCUGACGGAGAACGGGGCUGGUUCCCCAAAACCUACGUGGAAGAAAUCACGAGUCGCAGCGCUCGCCUCCGCAACCUCCGAGAAAAUAUCCGCAUCAAAUGUGUGACGCAGAAACUGGAGGGGGGAAGACUAAUCACUUUUACUGCCUAAUCACUUUGCCUAAUCACUGCUGCACCGUUGACCCCUUUGUCACCUGUCAGAGGUAUGUUUCAGCUCCUAAGUUGCCUUUUUAAGCUUGUGGAUCAUUUUAGUCAUGAGUUUGGAUGAGUGUGGGACCUAUUUGAAGUACGCAGGUAUGAAAACUGGCCUUAUAUCAAACUUAUAUCAUUUUAGCUGACACUGCUUUUAUACAAACCAAUGUUCACAGGAGGACAUGUUUGUUGGUGCUUCCCUUUUAGGUGUGCUUUCUGGUCAGUCAUUCAUUUCCAUUUAAUAAGUCUGAAAAACACAGUAAUUUAAUCAUUUCCAAAGAUCAUUUCCAAUAUCUCGGCUCAUGUAAGAGUCCACAUGUUGGGACUGUCUCAAGCUGAGGCAUGAGAGGUACAUGAGUGUCAUUCAGUUCAUGUUGCAUCAUCAGAAAGUUGCUUGCGGUAAAUACUUCAAUUGAGCUGCAUUAAGACCCAUCAGAGGCCUUUUAUAAGCUCUCGGUCUUCACUCUGCGCCGCUUUUGUUUCAGAAGACGAAAUGAAAGGUUUCGAAGAGAAAUGAAAACCUGAUUUAUUUUUUCUUUCCAUCCGAUAUGUGACUACAUAUAAUGUAGUGUUGUUCCUUUCCAUCCAUUUGAUUUGUUAAAACAUCCGUGCCUCUUUAUUAAAGAGGAAGUCCAGAUGAGAUUACUGAAGAAUGGUGGUUUUAAUUUUUUGUUUUGUUAGAGAGGAUUUCACAAUUCUGCUGUAAUAAGUGAAGGACAGAACAUCCUGUUAAAAAGGCCACAAUACACAAAUAAGGAUUAAGCGGACGAUGUUUUAAAUUUUUUCUUUUUAUGUCACCAAAUCACCUAUUUAUUAUAUUGACAAGUAUUGUCUGAGAAGCUAAAUACUGAUCGAUCUUAUACUUCGCUGCCAUAAAGUUUCACUGGUUUCCAAAAACAAUUAAACACACAAACUGUUAGACUCAAUGACAUUCCUUCGUUUCUUUGGACACUGUGAGUACAUUAACCACUAAUGCAAAUACUGACAACAGCACCAAAUAUUUAUUAACGCACAACAGAAAAUAGCCCCCAAAAAUGCACUACUUACUGGUAACGUCUGCUAAAAAACAACCGUAGGAACGAUUUUACCUUUUUUUACUGUUAAAACUGUUUAUAUGCGAGUCAUUUCAAAUCUUGGCGAUGAGUGCCACAGACACGGUGGAGAAUGUGGUCUUUUUACUGCAUUUGUUGACGGUGAGAAAAAUACAAAAUAAUUUACUUUUAAAAAGAAGGAAAUUGACAUUCACUAAAGGACACAUCUACAUAAGAGGUAAAGAUUUUGCCUUUAACAUCAGUUUUAAUCCCGUUAUAACCAUAGAAAACUGUUAUAUUCAGCUUAUCAUAAAGGAUCAAGUAAUACUUGAUAUACUGAUGACUGAAUUACACAUUCCAUAUUACUCCUCUCUUUAGUUGCAAAAGUCCCCAAUUGACCAAAAGAGCAGCGUAACUGACCUGAGACCUGCUGUUAACAAACCACUAUAAUGAACAUUCAAUUGUAAACUUCCAGUGGCACAUACAAUGUUUAUAACCCCCUUUUUUCUAUGUCUGUGUUGUGAGUUGUAAUUUAUUCGGUUGCUGUUGCAGCACGUGUAUUUAUACUCCUCAAGCUGGUUGUUCUCCAAGGAGAUUCUGAUGUAUAUGUACUUGUGCAGAUGGCUUCAUGUAUAAAGGGUAGAAAAUGAAUAAUUUACUAUUAGGUCUGUAAUUUAUGUGAACAAAGAUUCAGCAACUAUUAUUAGAUUCCAUAAUUAUGCCGUUUUCAGUAAUACUAGCUAUACAUAUUGUAAUACACUGGAUGUUCACUGGAUCAGCACACUACUGUAAAUGUUUAACCAUUGAAAUAAAUACAGAUACUUCCGUUGUUCUAUUUUGCUGAAUAAAUGACUCUUAAAGGUU